AUAAGGUCCGAUAUUACCACACUCCGAGGCUUUGAACCCAGAAUAGACCCGCGAACAUUUAGUGGUUUGCAAACGUCUGCAUAAACAUCUCUACAAACAUGUCUGUCUCACUCGAUCCACCGAAAGGAAACCCAAACACAAAAAUAAACUACACCAAGAUUUUCAUCAACAAUGAAUUCGUCGACGCGGUAAGCGGUAAGACGUUUCCUGUCCUGAAUCCUGCAACAGAAAAAUUAAUAGCUCAGACGGCUGAAGGUGACAAGGCCGACGUUGACAAGGCAGUGGCAGCAGCAAAAAAAGCUUUCGCCAGGGGAUCGGUAUGGCGAUCGAUGGAUGCCUCAGCCCGUGGAGCUCUUCUCUACAAGCUGGCCGAUCUGAUCGAGGAAAAUGUCAACGAAUUGGCAAACCUGGAAUCAAUUGAAAAUGGAAAACCCUUUCCUACGGCGUACCAGUUCACAGCAAUGACCGCGCAUUUUGUACGAUAUUACGCUGGCUGGACGGAUAAGAUUCACGGAACGACUAUUCCCGUCGACGGAAAUUCUUUCACUUUGACGCGGAAGGAGCCGGUCGGUGUGGUCGGGCAGAUCAUACCUUGGAAUUACCCGAUUCUCAUGUUCGGGUUGAAGGUGGGGCCUGCAUUGGCGGCGGGCUGCACACUGGUAGUAAAGCCGGCCGAACAAACACCGCUGACUUCGAUUAGGCUGGCCCAGCUCGUCAAGGAGGCCGGGUUUCCUCCUGGAGUCGUCAACGUUGUGCCAGGUUACGGUCCUACAGCCGGAGCGGCGAUCAGCCACCACCCUGACAUCGCCAAGGUCGCGUUCACCGGUUCAUCAGAGGUUGGACACAUCAUAUUGAAAGCUGCUGGGGAGAGUAAUUUGAAGCGUGUAACCCUCGAGCUGGGAGGAAAGAGUCCUCUUGUUGUCUUCGACGACGCUGACCUCGAUGCAGCUGUGGAAGACGCCUACAGUCUGUUCUCCAACGCUGGUCAGGCGUGCAUAGCACCCUCAAGGGUCUUCGUUCAGUCUGGGGUUUACGACAAGUUCGUAAAGAAAGCCGUCGCCGUUGCUUCCGCGACAAAAGUCGGAGACGCUUUUACUCCCGGGUGUCAGCAAGGUCCUCAAAUCGACAUGGAUACUGUUGACAAGGUUCUGGGAUUGAUCGAAUCGGCGAAGAGAGAAGGCGCGAAACUGGAAACCGGUGGAAAACGUAUAAAAUCAAACGGGUACUUCAUCGAGCCCACGGUAUUCUCGAACGUUACUGACAACAUGCGAAUCGCCAAGGAAGAAAUAUUCGGACCGGUGCAGUCUAUUUUCAAGUUCGACACUCUCGAAGAGGUUAUCCAAAGGUCAAAUGACACCAAUUACGGACUGGCAGCCGGUGUCUUCACCAAGAACAUUGAGGUUGCUCUUGAGUACGCGAAGGCCGUGGAAGCAGGAAACGUAUGGGUGAAUCGGUACAACGCCUUUAGUCCGCAAGCACCAUUCGGUGGUUACAAAGAGUCUGGCAUGGGACGUGAGAUGGGCAAGGAAGGGUUGGAUGCCUACCUCGAAACUAAAACCAUUUCAAUCAAACUGCCAUCCAAUCAUUGACCUGACUUCGAAACCUAUGGUCAAUACUGAUGAUUUUCAUUGAUCUCCGCUGGCAUAUAUAACGGUCAAUAAACUCUGAUGACAAAUAUAUCAAAAUAAAAAUCCAUAAUGUUGUUGAAAAA